AUGGCAGGUGAGAUCUCUAAUCGGGGGGUCCGGAAGCUGGAAAAGAUAGACAGGUGCGUGUGUUUGUGUGCAUGUCUGUCUGUCUGUGUGCGUGUGUUUGGGAUUAUGACGUCGGGCCGCGUGGUCCUGCAGCGCUACAGAAGGGCCCUCAUGGGCUGGAAAGGGCUCUUCCGCACCGCUGCGAUCCACAUUUGCGAGCUUGAAUCACGAGAAGCGAGAAAUGCUUCUUUCCGCAUUCUCACAAUCCCAGCCGACAAGAUCCAGCCAAAACAGUUCGUGUCAGUCGGCUUCAAAGUUGCUCGGGAGGUGAGAAAUGCGAUGCUGUCGUUGCUGGCCCAGCCCGAGCCGGGUGCCGUGUGCCGCUUCUGCCUUUCACCUGAUGAGACUGUUGAGAGCGGCAUACUCAUUGCGCCGUGCGGCUGCAAGGGCUCUGUCAGAUGGGUUCACGUCACUUGCUUUGAUUCAUGGCGGAAGCGUGAUGGUGGGGUGAAGUCGACUUGUGGCGUCUGUCUGGAGUAAGCUACAUACAGUGAGAGUGACAACCGGCCGGUUCAGUGAUUGAUUGGUGAUCUGUGGGUUGCCUGUGUUGUGUGUGUCCAGGCGUUAUGACAUUAUGCCUUAUGACAUUGGGCCACAUGGCUCGUCUAAUCUGCCGGUCGGCCUCAUCCCAGACGCCCUCUUCUCUCUCGCGUACAGUCUGCUCGCCUGUCUGCCGCUGCUGAUGACAAUUCUACACAGCUGCGACAGAAGCAACAUACUGACCCGAGCGCUCCGGCUCUGCCACGUGAUCCCCAUGGCCACCGUGGUCGGCCUGACUCUUUCCGCCUUGGACUGGGUGGCGGGGCGACAACAUGCGGGCAGCUCAUCGCUUCGGUGUGGUCUGCGGAUGGCUAUCGCAUUCAUUGUGGCGGCUGCUGGGGCGGCGCGAAUGCUCAUCUGGACAUUUGCCGCAGGCGGACUUGGCGGCGUGUGGGCUGCGCAUGUGGCGGGGUGCGCCGAGAAGCGAUCGUUGGCUACCGCCUUUUUCUGCUAUUGUCCUUUGAUCUUUGUGUCUUUGGCCUUCCUGCCUUACUGUCUGGUGAGGGGUGAGAAGGUGCACCAGGCCACACGAGAGGCGCUAUUGCGGUUGCGGCACCGACAUACGGCUGCUACUGCUGGUGGUGGUUGUCGUGAGGGCGUUGGGUCGUUGUUUGUGUGCCUCUUCUCCGCUGCUUUGUUCUACUUGAGGGAGGGGGCCUACUAUGUGCUGAUUGCCAUGUGGUCCCUGGCACACAUUGUGUUUUGGGAGCUGAUUGUCAGCCGAUUCCUUCCGGCUUAUCUCACUGCCGCGGCGGUGGUGGCCGUGAGUGUGUGACAGCGGCCGCAAGUGGACGAGCUGCUGCAGCAGAGGGGGUGGUAUACGGAGGUGCCCCCGGCUGUUCUGUCGAGUAUGAUCUAUCUCGCCGGUAUCGCUGUGGCAGUUUGCUUUGGAGUUUCUAACGUGCGGUUGUCCUUAUGGAUCGUGGGCCUGCUGCAGUUGGCCGACGAUACCGUGGUGCUCACGUUGCUCUCGUGGAUUCCCGUCUUAAUCUUGUUAAUCUUGUACGGCUAUGUCCUCACAACGCAUUGACCGGUGAGUGAGACUCAGUACUCUUCAGUUAGUCUUUAUGUGCGCACCCCACUGUUCCCCUGUCUGUCUGUGUGUGUCACUCGUCCGUGCAGGCCGUCUUGCAGGGGAAUAGGAUUGGUAUGUGCCAGCUGGCCCCAGGUAGACAGAUAGACAGACAGUGGCUGACUAGCGUGGUGUUCUUUUCGUAUGAUGUGUCACACUUGCCCGGGCCAGCGCAUUUGUACUAGUGAGCAAGGAAGCCUCAAGUUCGUGUCGGGAUUUCUUUGAGUCCCUUUUGCCUGCCUUCCUGCCCUCAAUGUGUUCUGUACGCUAAUGGAAGUCACAUAAGUCACAUCAAUGCUCACUGACUC